AUGGAUUGUCCUUCAACAUUCAAUGGCAUUCUCAGACGACCUCUACUAUGGAACUUCAAAGUUGUCACUUUCAUCUAUCACCAGAAGAUGAAGUUCCCCACUCCGACAAGGUGUGGGGAAGUUAGGGGAUCACUACGUGAAUCUCACAACUACUACAAUCAAGCAAUUGAGAUUGCAUGCAAAGGGAAAACGAAGCCCAAGGACAAGCUCGAGCAGGCAAUAAAGAUCAACAGGAUCAAGCCACAACCUGGUCCAGUGGGAGAUAACAUUGAUCCUCGUGUACAAGAGGAGUAUACCUACAAUAGGCCAGUUGAGACUUUGUCUAAGAAUAUUGAUGUUUUUGCAUGGACACAUGCCGAUAUGAUUGGGGUUAGUCCCGAAGUCAUAUGUCAUGCACUUAACAUCAAUAGUGAGAUCAAACCAGUUUGCCAGAAAAGAAGAGCUAUGGACAUAGAGCGCUAUGUGGCUUUUAAACUUGAGGUAGGCAAGCUCUUCUCAAUUGGAUUAAUUCGAGAAGCUCAUUAUCGUAGUUGGGUCACCAAUCCUAUUUUCGUGAAAAAACUCAAUGGUAACUGGCGAACUUGUGUUGGUUUUAUGGAUCUCAACAAGGCCUGCCCCAAGGACAAUUUCCUCUCGCCCAGAAUCAACCAGCUAGUUGAUGCCACUUCCGAGCACGAGCUACUGAGCUUCAUGGAUGCAUAUUCAGGAUGCAAUUAG